GCCUGCCGCCGAGCUACACGGCUACAUCUCUGAGAACAGAGAACAUAAAUGUAAUGUACAUCUGUGUUCUCUGCAGCUACAUCAUCAAAACGUCGUCGAAUUUUUAUUCGAUAAAUAAAAACUUUUUAGACCUCGUUUUUUUUAACAGUCCAUAUCUUUUUUUUAUCGUUUAUCGUUUGCUAUUCUGUAACGAUAGCGGACUCAAAAUCUCGAAGGCCAUCCUGUCGGAAACCUUUGGCAAGAAUGUCAAAGAACGAAAGCCCUGAAGGAACUUGGCCACUACCAAACUCGCCAAGACUGCGGCAUAAUAAAAGAUCUCAAUCUCCACCAAAGUGCAUCGACGAAAAAGAUGAUUCAUUAACCGAAGACGACGAUAAUGAUUCAAUUGAAACCGAUCAAAUUGUUGCAUCGACAUUGUUGAAUCAGAUCGACGAUUCAGGUUUGCCAAGCCUCAAAAGCCGUACAAAGUACCAAUCGUCAAAAACUGCUGGGAGAAUUCAUAUACCUUCUCUACCUGAUUCAGAGCAGGAAAAAAAAGCGAAAAGUAUUGAGUCUAAAAAACCAUUGGUAAACCAGGCGAGAAAGACUGCUAGCGGAAAAACAAAAACCUCAACAGCCACCAAAUAUUUCAUCAAGAGUUUUGUAUUAUUUUGUAUACUUGGGUUGGGUUGGCUCGGAUAUUCAUUGAUAACACAAAGGUCAACUGUAAUACCAACACAAGAUGAUAGAUUCAAAUUAUUUUUGAAUGAUCUAAAAGCGAUAAAAAAUCAAUUCCCGCAUCAAAAUGAUCGAUCUUGGUUGGAAAUUCACGGAGGUGUAUCGAAUGUGAUGAAUACGUCAGCAAAACCCUGGACAUUCGUAUUAUUUUCGAACGAAACUACGACUACAUCGUGUCUUGCUGAAUUAUUAGGAGCAGCGAUCAGCAAAGCUUUACAAUCGAACAGUAGCUUAGUCUUGAGACCCAAGGAUAUGGGCAACGAAUAUGGGGAUGCCAUCGAUCGCUUGCGUCCUCUUAUCAUCGAAAAGAAGGCAGUUGUUGUUCACGACUUGCUAAACAUUCAUCCAGGUGCAAUACAAGCUUUUCACUCGAUGUGCGAUCGUGAAAAUCCAUUGGUGAAAGGAGCUGUUUAUAUAAUAACAAUCAUAACACACGGAUAUGCCACGUCCCCACAAAAACCGGAAGUAUUCGUAGAAAAUCUUCUAACCACGAGAUUUAUUAAUAAAGUGGAUGUUGACAAGCUUCAACCGCUUAUCACGAGACUCACAGAUGGACCAAUUAUUCCAGUAGAACCAGGAAAUGUCCCAGCUGGAUGCACCAUAUAAAAAACCAAGAAAUUAUGACUAUUACAUUUGGUUGAGAAACGAAAAUUUUCAUUUCUUGUACUCAUAAAACAUUAUUAUUGUUAAUAUUAUCUUAGGGUUAAAAUAGUACUAAAAAGAUUUCUUAUUGAAAUUUUUUUUUCUUCAUAUCGUAGGCAAAAAAAAAAUCUUCUAAACAAUAUUGUCUUUCCAUGAUGGAAUUUUCAUAGUGACUACCUAAAAAAAAUUCUUAUUUAUAAAACGAAUCUUCUUUACAAACAUUUUCAGUACUUUUAUACACUGCGAGAAGUCCAAUAAAAUUGUUUUUAUAAAUAAAAGUAAUGGAAUUCGAAACCUGUCUCAAAUCAAAGAGUGUCGGUACAGAUAGUAAUGAACUUCGGUUAAUUUGCUGCAUGUUUGUUAAAUUAUUUAGUCUAUUGUUGAUUCACUAAUUGAUAUAACCAUAUCGUUUUUUAAUAUAGCAAGACAUUUGACUUGCCGAUUAUAAAAUGUUUUUUGGAAAAUUACUUUUCAGUCAUUACGAUUUUGUCCUCCCAUAAGGAACUCUGAAAAAUAGAAACCUUGACAGAAGUAGGGGUUUCUAACUAUGAUAAAAAUGAACCUUUGAUCUUUGGACAUCAAUAAUAACUGUGGUCCUUUAAACAAAAACAAAUUAUAGGGCUUAGUCUAAGAAAAAAAAACGUGAAAAAACGAAAAAAGAAAAACAAUGAGGCUAAAGAAUGUGAAAGAAAUUUUAAUCGAAUGUUCAAAUCCUGUCCUAAUAGAGGGUAACUUUACAUUUAAUAUGAACGCAGGGAAAACAGUUCAAUAAAUCCACUCAUGUCUCGUC